CAUGCGUCCGUGCUACUUCCUUUCGACACCUACUCAAGUUUUCACCUUUCUUUCAACUGCCAUGAUACCAAGACACGGUCGCCGGUUGAUCGGUAUUACCGACUGCCACACAACAUGGGGACACGUGUACUUCAAGACGAACGGGUGAUAAAUAUUUUUAUUCAACAUUGCCAUGACAAGAAGACGGUCCCAGUCAGCUCAUCAUCACGUCCCGGCUAUACUACCUCAUCAAGUAACACCUCCAAUUCUACGCGUUCUUCCAACACCCCUCAUCCUUCACACCGCCCAUCUCCAUCAAUCUCUUCAUCAACGAGAACGAACGCAUCUAUCCGAGAAUCCGACGAGUUUCCCAACGGAUCACUUACCUCCGUAUCGUCAGUCGUGCAAACUGAAAGAAACAAUACUGAUACCUUGAAUGGACCCGUCGGCAGGCAAGGUGUCCACCGUGGGUCAAGCUCUGGGCCAUCAAAUUUGUCAUGGGCUGCUCUUGCCUCUUCCCGUCCUUCACCGCCCGUUGCGUCAUUGCCCGAUGCAGUCGGCAGGCAAGGUGUUCAUCGUGUACCAAGUUCUGGCUCAUCCAAUUUGACAUGGGCUACUAUUACUCCCUCCCGUUCUUCACCGCUAGUUGCGUCAUUGCCUGACGUAACUAUGCGUCCAGGACUCCUUGACAAUAGAUUCGAGCCACCAAAUUCAGAUCUGGAUACUAGGCCGCAGGCCGCAAGACGUACUACCCAUUCAGAUGCCGGCUGGAGAUCCAUGAGCUCUGCCCGUACGUCAGCAGGCACUUCUGCGUCAUCCUCUGUGCUUGGAGACUCCAUCUCUCACUUCUACGCUACUGACGAGGAACGACACCGGGAUGCCUCGAAUCCAAUCCAGGACCAUAACCCAUCGCCUUCUCGCUCGAUUGACAGAUACCAAGAGGCUGCUGUGCGCGCUAGAUCAGUUAUUGAAUGCUCGCGUAACUUAGUGUACUCGACGAGGGAAAUAUGACAGUACGCCCUGGUUGCGAGCGUUAGGGCAACCGAUGGUCAACGAUGAAUCAAAGUCUCCAAGGUCGGUGUCCAGAACUAUUACCAGCUACUCGUCGAUGGCUGUUAAAUAUCCCAGUCAUAAGCCAAUGAAGUAGUUGAAGUCCC